UAUUCGAUUGUCAUGUAACUCUCCAUGCGAUAACAACUCAUCAUUGAUUUUUGUCACUAUCGAUUAAUCGAUUGGUCGAAAAUCGCCUUACGAAACUCUAUUUUCGCUCUUUUAUUUCCGCCAUUGCUUGAGAAAGUUUGGAAAUUAUGGGUAAACCAAGAGGUCUCCGCACAGCCAGAAAGCACGUUAACCAUCGUCGUGAUCAACGUUGGGCUGACAAGGACUACAAAAAGGCCCAUUUGGGAACAAGAUGGAAGGCCAAUCCCUUCGGUGGUGCUUCCCAUGCCAAGGGUAUUGUACUUGAAAAAGUUGGUGUUGAAGCCAAACAGCCUAACUCUGCCAUCCGUAAGUGCGUGAGAGUCCAACUGAUCAAGAACGGCAAGAAGAUCACCGCUUUCGUACCUCGUGACGGUAGCUUGAACUACAUUGAAGAAAACGACGAAGUUUUGGUUGCCGGUUUCGGUCGUAAGGGUCAUGCCGUCGGUGAUAUUCCCGGUGUCCGUUUCAAGGUUGUCAAAGUAGCCAACGUCUCCCUCUUGGCCUUGUACAAGGAAAAGAAGGAACGUCCAAGAUCUUAAGAUGCUUCUUAUCUUUAUGUAAACAAAAAACGUCAAGAAAAUACCCAAAAUAGAAAAAAAGAGAAAAUGUUUUAUUCUAAAAACAUUACAAAUCAAAGACCUAUAAUUUGUUUUUUCACAUUCUUUCAGAAGAAUUCUUCUUUUACACCAACAAAAAAUAUAAAAAA